CAUUUAACACUGUCCACACAUGCGGAAUACACAGUCCUCUUCCCCUGAAGAAGUGCUAAAGGGGUCACUCCCUUCUCUGUUUGGACUACUCGACAAACCCGAGCGAUUCUACGGAGAAUUAUAUCCUUUUGGACAAAGGAUAAAGAGCCAAAGAAAGGAAAAAGUGCGCCGGAUGCUUGUUGAUCAUGCCGCGGAGCCCCAUGUCUAGCGAGGAGGAAAUGGCUCAGAGUUUCUCGGACUCGGUCAGUUCGGAAUCAGACAGUUCCCGAGAUGAGCCUCCCAGGCUGGAUCGACCUACCAGUGGCCGACUGGACAACAGCCUGCGAGACACAACGCUCAUCUGUGUGGUCAUCCCUGACCUGCAGCAGUCUAAAUCCAUGAAGUUCAGUCCUGAUGCCACAGUAUGGGUUGCUAAGCAGCAGAUCCUGUGUACACUCACACAGAGUCUGAGGGAUGUGCUCAACUACGGGCUCUUCCAGCCGGCCGUGGACGGGAGGGAAAGUGGUUUCCUGGAGGAAGAACGACCCCUCAGAGACUAUCCGCUACCCUCCACUAAAGGCGUUCCGACCCUUGAGUUCCGCUACAAGAGCAGAGUGUACCAGCAGCCAAACGUCAAUGAAAAGCAAAUCGAAAAACUUCACACACAGGUCAACCUGAGGAAAUUCAUGGAAUACAUCCAACAUCAUCAGAUGGACAAAGUUGCCAAGCUGUUGGAGAGAGGGUUGGACCCCAACUAUCAUGACCCGGACACUGGUGAGACACCACUAACCCUUGCUGCCCACCUGGACAAUAUGGUGGAGAUUAUCGUUACAUUGAAAAACGGCGGGGCUCAUUUAGAUUUCCGCUCUCGGGAUGGGAUGACUGCCCUGCACAAAGCAGCCAGGGCAAAGAACCAGAUAGCUCUCAAGACUAUGCUGGAUUUGGGAGCGUCUCCAGACUAUAAGGACCGUCAGGGUUUGACUCCACUCUACCAUACAGUGACCGUAGGUGGAGACCCGAGCUGCUGCGAGGUCCUGCUCCGUGCCCAUGCCAGCGUCGCAUGCCAUGAUGAGAACGGCUGGCACGAGAUCCACCAGGCUUGUCGAUACGGUCACGUCCAGCACCUGGAGCACCUCUUGUUCUACGGAGCGGACAUGAGUGUGGAAAAUGCAUCUGGGAAUACAGCUCUCCAUAUUUGCGCCCUGUACAAACAGGAAAAGUGUGCCAGGGUUCUUCUGGUUCGUGGAGCCAGCAAAGACGUCAAGAACUACAGAGGACAAACGCCCUUUCAGGUGGCAAUAAUUGCUGGAAAUUUUGAGCUUGCAGAGUCCAUAAAGAAUCACAAAGACGCUGAUAUUGUGCCGUUCCGGGAGGCACCGGCUGGCACGGGUCGGAGCAGGCCACCGCAGCACCAGGGUAGGAGCACACUUGCCGCCCCACGCGUGCUGCUCCGCUCAAACAGCGACAACAACCUGAACGUCAACAAGCUACCGCUGGAACGCUCUCGCUCGCCCUCUCCUGUCGCCUCCCCCCUGCGCAGCCUCUUGCCCCGCCACCCCCAGCAGAUGCAGAACAGCCCCAAUGGCACGGUGAAGACCAUGGCCCUGGGGGGACGCUCUGCCCGAAGCCGUUCCCCUUCCCUGGGCCGACUGGGGGAGGGAGACACUCGGAGACAGACCCCGCAGCGCCACAGCAGUCCCCGUGCCAACAGGGAUGCCUUUUCUGGCAUGGACACCCCAGGGUCCAAACGCAAGCUGUACAGUGCUGUGCCAGGAAGACAUUAUGUGGUGGUCAAGACUUACCAACCACAGGCUGAGGGCGAAAUAGCUUUGUACAAGAACGACAGGGUGAAAGUUCUCAGUAUUGGAGAAGGAGGAUUCUGGGAAGGCAGUGCCCGAGGGAAUGUAGGCUGGUUCCCAGCAGAAUGUGUGGAAGAGAUCCCAAGCAAACCCAACGAGGACAGGCCAUAUGCCCGGGCGGACCGAUCAGAGAGAAGGAAGCUCUUCCGACACUACACUGUGGGAUCUUAUGACAGUUUUGAUGCAUCAAGCGACUGCGUUAUCAACGAAAAGACGGUCGUGCUGCAGAAGAAGGAUAACGAGGGAUUCGGGUUCGUUUUGAGAGGGGCGAAAGCGGAUACCCCCAUUGAGGAGUUUACUCCAACCCCGGCGUUCCCUGCUUUGCAGUAUCUGGAGUCAGUGGAUGAGGGAGGGGUGGCAUGGAAAGCUGGCCUGAGGACUGGUGACUUCCUCAUUGAGGUGAACCAGGACAAUGUUGUCAAAGUGGGCCACAAACAAGUGGUCAACAUGAUUCGUCACGGCGGCAACCACUUAAUCAUCAAAGUGGUGACGGUCAGUCGAAAUCUAGACCCUGAUGACACGGCUCGAAAGAAAGCACCACCACCACCACGGAGGGCUCCCUCCACAGCCUUGUCCAUGCGUUCAAAAUCUAUGACCUCAGAGCUAGAAGACCUAGGUAAGCCCACCACUUUGAGGAAAAAGAAGGAUGAUCAGCUUUCAGAUAAUGAGGGUCUGAAGAAGAGGAUUGUAUUUCAAGUCACACUAAAUAAAGUGGAUGAGGUCGUACCCCCCCAGAAACCAAUGUGGGACAACUCAAACACAGAUUUGAGGGUGGCGGCGGUCAAACCACGCCCAACUAGCAAGUGUUUUGCUGUCAGCCCUGAAAUGAAUUCUCUCUGCAAUAGUCAGGAUGCAGCAGUAGACUCACCACAACAGCCAGGGAGUCCUAGAGGCCCCUUCCUGGGUAUACCAAGGGGAACCAUACGGCGGCAAACAUCUAUAGGAGUAACCGAAGAAGAGAAGCAGUUCCUUACUCCUCCAAUGUUGAAAUUUACAAGAAGCCUUUCAAUGCCUGACACAUCAGAGGAUAUUCCACCACCACCAGCCAUCUCCCCUCCAUCUCCACCUCAUAAUAAUGCUCCCGUCCCAGCUGGUCGAGGAUACGGCACCAUCAGACCAGGCUUUACUUCACAGAGUCCUAAUGCAAACAGCACAGCCCCAGACAGAGGUGAAGGUGCUGGGUGGAGAGAUCAGGGCAUGUUUUACAGAGACAGUCCUGAGCAGUAUGAAUCCGAGGGGUACAAUCAUAGCCCAACAGCCCAACAGAGUCUUCAUAUGCGCCGUGCCCUAAUCCCUGAGAACCCUUACUCGGAUGUGGGCAAGAUGGGUCAUGCUGGACUGUUUGUGCCCAACAAGCCUGCAAGAAGGAAGGGAAUGCUUGUCAAACAAUCCAAUGUAGAAGACAGUCCUGAGAAAACCUGCUCCAUUCCAAUUCCUACAAUAAUAAUCAAAGAGCCCUCCACCAGCAGCAGUGGUAAGAGCAGUCAAGGGAGUAGCAUGGAAAUUGAAACGACCACACCGGAUCACCCAGGGCAACUGCGUCCUGAAGAUGGCUUAAAUGCAGGCAGUCCCUUUGCAGCUGCCAUUGCCGGUGCAGUCAGAGACAGGGAGAAGAGGCUUGAUGCUCAUCGCAACUCCCCAUCUUUUAAGUCCACAGAUGCGGGUGAUGAGGAUGUGGCACCUAGACCGGCUCCACGUCUCAGACACUCCAAAUCUAUAGAUGAGGGCAUGUUUAGCAGCGAUGAGCGGCUGCGUAGGCUUAUGGCACCUCCCUCAUCACUACUUAGCAUCCCUAGAGGUGGAGGCAAUGUGACAGACUUCAACAGCCCUGAGCCCACCAUGGUAAGGGAACUGUUGAGCACUCGUACAGGACACAGCCCGAUCAGUCUACCUGCUCAUAAGACCUACAGCUCAGGAAGUGGGAAUUACGUUCACCCGGUAACAGGCAAACCACUUGACCCCAAUUCACCAUUAGCUUUAGCGUUAGCAGCCAGAGACCGAGCCAUGAGGGAGCAAUCACAGCCUCUUCCGCUAAAGAGUGACCUAUCCAAACUUGAUCUUAAUAAACCGCUUUUCAUCGACACUAAACUUAGACCAAAUGUGGAGGUUGGCUUCUCAAGUACCGCUACCAUGGGCCGUCCCCGCGGGGGUCUGCGGAGGCAGAUGACAGAGUCCAAAUAUGAGACAGAAUCCAAGUAUCAGCUCGAUCUGGGCAAGCCUGAGAAGAGGCCUGAGGAGAAGAAGAACAUGCUGAUUGACAUUGUGGACACUUCUCAGCAAAAGUCAGCUGGUCUGCUGAUGGUACACACCACAGAUGGGGCAAAAUCGGAGGAUAACAGCUUGUCAGAGGGCGACAGGAACGAGGCAGUGAGUCCCGACAACACCCCUGGGGAGCUUCGCGACCCCAACCAGCCAGCUCCCACCAACCCCCCAGCUCCCAAGGCGCUAUCAGCUGCUCCACAUGGCAAGACCAUCAUAACUGUUAGCUCAGUGGAUGAGCCUGUCAAGUUGCCCUUCGGCAUCCCUCCACCUCCCUUGGCCUCUGUCGACAUUGAUGAAGAGUUUGUGUUUGCUGAACCCCUCCCACCCCCUCUCGAGUUUGCCAACAGUUUUGACAUUCCUGAAGACCAGGCGGGGACUAUAGCUGAACUGCUCAAACAGAAAGCAAAUGGUACAAAAGGGCCUUCUCUUGCUCCCUACUAUCCCCCAUUAGGUGGUGGAAUUUCUGAAAUCAAAAGACCAACGGUCCUUACAAACUGCACACCUCCUAGCUUCCCUCCUGGGCCACUAGAGCCUUACGAACAAAUCACUGACUCGGGCAUCGAGGUUGACAGCCGGAGCAGCGGUGACCCCCAACUGGAGACCACCAGCACCAUCUCUACUGUGUCCAGCAUCUCCACCUUGUCUUCUGAAGGAGGUGAGACCCUGGACACGUGCACCGUCUAUGCAGAUGGACAAGCCUUUCUGGUGGACAGGUCUCAGAUCCUGUCCAAACCAAAACCUAAACCUGCCAUCAAGAGCAAUGCACUUUACAAGGAUGCUUUGCCAGAGGAGAACGUGAGCUCUUUCAGAAUGCCCUCCUCUGUCCCACCUCCGCCCCCUGGAUCUAUUCCACCAGAACCCUUGAAAACCCCAACACAACGAACCUCAAAGUUGUGGGGUGACCCUCCGGAGAUGAAAGGCCCCCAUGGUCCUGAAGCCAAUUCAGUUCUGCAGCAUGUUAACAAGGACAAAGCACCAAAGUCAGGGGAAGCAUUAGACUCUCCAAUGGGAUCCAGGACUCACUUCGGAACAAGAAAUCAGGAUGGUGUAUCCCUCAUCUCAGGUACACAGCAGAACACCACCGUUACCUUCACUGCCCAGCCUGGCCCCAACGUGCCUGCCCCGUCACCGUGCCGACAGGCCGACAGCCUGCCUUCCCACCACCACACCCCGAGCCCUAUCAUGUCCCCGCCAGACUCUGGCCUCAGCUGUGCCUCUUCCCUCCCGACCUCGGUCACUUCCCCCACCAUGACGGAUGUCUUUGGCCUGCCCACACCACCCCUCAGCCUAGGCACGGGGCGUAGCCGCUCCCCUUCCCCGCUCACCCUCAUCCAGGCAGCGUCGAACAAGCCCUUCGCCACCAAACCCGUCCUCAUGUGGAGCAAGCAGGACGUGGCUGACUGGCUUGAGAGCCUGAACCUGGGCGAGCACAGGGAUGCCUUUAUGGACAACGAUAUCGAGGGCAGCCACCUGCCCAACCUGCAAAAGGAGGAUCUGAUCGAUUUGGGCGUGACCCGUGUGGGUCACAGAAUGAACAUCGAGCGGGCGCUGAAAGUCCUCUUGGACAGAUGAGACUGGGCGAGACGUCCUCAUCAGGACUCCACGCAUCUUGUUCAUAAGCUUCAUUUUCCCUCUACCCUUAUUUCAGUUCACUAAUUUGAACACUUUGUUGUCCUAUCAUGCUUUUUGGUGGAUUUUAGGAACUGACACAUCCUGAAGAAACUCAAGCAUUCAAAAUAUCCACGUAAGCACAAACGGUUCCCUGUGUUUCCGUUCCAAGAGCUCCGGCACCAUAGAGGACAUUGAAGCCAACACACUGUAUGGAAACUACAAACAUGAGCUGGCUAUACUUGGGCUUUUAAGGACUUUGGCCUCCUUUGAAUGCACUGAAACCAGCAGAGCUGGGGAUCCAUUUUCUAUAUUUGCUAAGACAAUUCUACAGAGAAUAUUUCUUCAGGAAAAAAGGGAACCUUUGUCUAUGUAUCAGCUGCCUAUGAAAUAAAUAUCUUGCUUUUUUCCCCUCCUAAACCUCUUACCAAGAGGUACAUGAAUCUCUGAAAUGUGAUCGGCGGGCAUUUAGAUGUCCCUCAGUUCAUUUGCGGACAGUCCUAGAAGGGCCGUGGUCACUUGAAAACAGAGUUCAAAUCUCCCUACGUGCGAAUAAACGCAACCGUAGCAAGCAGCAGGUCUCUCCACCAUCUUGAAUCUUCGAGUCUUGUAAUAUGCUAACAUUGGAUGUUUGUCUGAAUGAUCAACAAUUCUCUUUGGUCUUUCUGAAUUGUGGUUUACUAUUAGGUGUCUUCCAUGCAGUAAGGAAGUCUGCGGCAUUCCCUCCAACAUUUUAUUUGCACCUUCAGUCGACUCUAGGGUGCGCUGUUUCUAGUCAGUAUUAAUUUCCAGCAAGUUUUAUUUGAAAUAAUGGAUCUUCACAGGAACACACAAGAUCUGUACACUGAAAUACCUAGAUUAAGUUUCAUGGAUGAAUGGAAAUGAACCAAAGUAAAGUAGAAUUUGACAAUUAAUUUGUCAAAUUUGACAGCUUUGAGUUGAACACUGACACAAUCAUUCUGAAAGGGCCAGUAUGUAUGUCUUUCACUUUAAGUGGUGAAUUUUCCAGUUAUUUAUUUAUUUAUUUUUGAGUGUAAUGAGAAUCAUUUGAUUGUUGGGUGGUAAAAAGGAACGUCUACAAAACUACAGGAAACCUCCUUAAUCUAUACAUAUCAAUGUCGUCAAUUGUAACUGAUACAGGACUUCAUAUCGAUAAAUUGUUAUAUUUAUUUAAGUUUUUAUUGAAAUUUGAUUUGGACUUUUUUUUUUUUUUUGCAGCUAAACCUACAACCAUCUACAACAAAUAUUAAGUGGUUUCACAAGGUGUAAAUUCUCAUUGUCCUGUUUAACCAAAACUUGUCCUUUUCAUUUUAUGUCCUGCAAUCCGUUUGCUUUGCUCAACAACUGGGAGAAGUUAUGAUUUGUUUAUUAUGUUAUUUAUUUAAACAUGUAACUGCAAUGUGUGCCUAUCUGUGUUACAAUUUGACACACCACAACAUCUCUAGAUUAUCUAAGAUUUAGUUGUGAUUUUCCCAUUGUUAGAGUCUCGUUUCUCAGAGAUGCCUCCAUUUUAUCGGACUUAAAACGCCAUAAAACCCCACAGGUAUGGAAUCAGAAUGGAGAUAAUGUUCAUAUUUGAGAUUAAAACAUCACACAGACACGAAGGGACAGCCAGCAUUAUUACACAUUUCACCUUCAAAGCACUGUGGGUAACGUCAGAACUGAGGGAAAGGCGAUUUUGAGAGUGGCUGUGAAUGAAAUAAAUUUAUGAUGAACGUUAAAGUAUGCAGUGAAGAGAUUCAGAAAUAAAUUAUAUAUAUGUUUGCUUAUCUCUCGACCUUAGAGGAGUUAGAGUAAUCAUCUCUAUAUAUCUUAUUUUAGGAAACAGCACAGUAUUUUAAAGAUUUAUAGAAAUAUUUAUGAAAUUUUUAUGACAUUUAACUCUGAUAUGUGGUGUGCCAAAAAUAUAUGUGGUAUCAGUUAAGAAGCAAUACACAAAUUUAAAGAACACUGUUUGGUCUUUCUUUGCCAGUAUUCCACAGUACAGUAUAUACUAUUAUGAAAUGAAAUUUACAUAUACAUAGGUCUCAGUGAAUUAGAAGA